UUUACAAUAUCACAUUGAUUUACUAACUCGAGUGCUAACCAUUCACAUUGUUUCAAUCAUUCUUUUUCUUAUGGAGAAUAAGAAAGUCAUUUUCACAUACUUUUAACUGGCUUGUUUUAUAAUUAUGGUGAUUUUUAUUUGUAAUCCUGAUAAGUUUCUGAGUUAAAAUUUGAAAUUAAUUUAUUUCAAUUCAAUCGAUAUUUUUUCAAAAAAUGCAAAAGAUUUAACAUCUCAUUAUAAUGACGAUGAGUACAUCAAAGUGUAAAAAUAUAAAGUGGCUGGCCAUUACGAUUUUAAUAUUUAUUCAUGUUCAAGAAGGCGAAAGCAUCAAAUGGCUAGCCUUAAGUAAAGCAAGUGAUGUUAGAAUUUGGACAAAAGAAGCAUGUUCAGGUGCUAAAACUUCCGGAUAUCUUGAAAGAAAACAAGCACGGGCAUGUCGGUCGACACCAGAUAUUAUGCCAAAUUUGAUUCAAGCUGCUAGAGAUACUGCGUCUGUUUGUCAACAAGUCUUCAAAGAUCGUAGAUGGAACUGCAGCAGUAUUGAACUUGCGCCACGAUACACACCAGACUUACUAACAGGUACAAGGGAACGAGCAUUUGUCCACGCAAUGUCAGCAGCUGCUGCUAUUUGGAGAUUAGCACGUGCUUGUGCAUUGGGGAAUUUGGCCAUUUGUUCUUGCGCGACCCCACCUCGAAGAGUACCACCAUUAAUAAUACCACAUACAUCUCUGAGUUUAUUGAGAACAAACAGUGCUUUAUUAGAUGCCAGCGCUGCAAAAAGCUUAUUUAAAUGGGGUGGUUGUGGAGAUGAUGUUAAAUCAGCAUCUCGAAUUACCAAAAUGUUCUUACAAAGUUCAAGUUCAUCAAGCUUAGGUGCUACUGGAAGAUUUUUACAUACCGUGGACAUGCAUAAUAGUCGUGCCGGUCGAAGAACUGUUGAGCAGUCACUGAGUCUUGAAUGCAAAUGUCACGGCGUAUCUGGUUCAUGCAGUGUUAGAACAUGCUGGCGAGGCUUAGACUCCAAAGGUCCUGGUGCUGCUGGUACGAGAAUAUUCAAAAAAUACUCUACUGCUGCUGAGGUUCGACCAAAAUUGGGCCGAUUGCCCCCACUUUAUCAUCAUGAUAAUUUACUGUAUACAACGAAGUCAGUGGACUACUGUUCACUUGACAAAAAACAUGGAAGUCUUGGAACAAUUGGAAGGCAAUGCAACGGCAAUGGAAGCAGUUUGGGCUAUGCGGGAUGUGAGUAUCUUUGUUGUGGACGGGGUCAUGUGACAAAGACACGAGUGGUUCUCGAAAGAUGUGAGUGCAAAUACAUAAGCUGCUGUUAUAGUGUUCAAUGCAGCACAUGCAGGAAUAUUGUCACUACCUAUGAAUGCAAUUGA